GCUUUAUUUAAUGAACCAUUAUAGGCUACCAGAGAGACUAAAGCUGAUCGAGCAACUUUGCCAAAUACUAUGCUCCUGGUGAAUAUAUGCCCAUCCCCUUAAGGUUCGCGCUUAACUUCAUCUGAAGUCGUCUGCAACUCUUUCCUCAUUAAUCAUCAUGGCCUACGAAUACAUCCUCAUCAUUGCUGCGAUCCUCAUCCCUUUGGGACUGUUCGGCAUACUCAAAGGCGGGCCUGCGUCUGAAUUGCACUUGAACCAAAAAAAGACAACAACUCCUGGCGCAUUUGGAGAAUCGACUACUUCCAAAUCGAAAAAGAAAAAGUCAAAGAAGAAGACCGGCACUAUCAAGGAGAGUAUCAUCACGCAGAUCUCAGGAAACUCGGCAGAAAAGGAGCAGGACUCUGACGAUUCCGGACAGGGGAAGAAAACGACGCCUCAACCAGCCAGGAAGACUAAUGCUCUGCCAGAAAAUGCCACUAAGAACAGCGGUAACAAAGAUGUAGCAGCUCAGGCUGCGUCCAGCAGCCCUAAAAGUUUGAAGCCCUUGGACAUUCAGGACGCGUCUAAGAACGGCACAGAGCAACCGACGGCACCUUCCAGCAGUGGCGCCGGCGCCAGCGUUAGCAAGACUACCAAAGCGAUGUCAGUUGAGAGCUGGAAGAAGGUGAAACAGGAGCAACAAAAGGAGCAGCUUGCCAAACAACAAGAGCAACUUCAAUUUGCUUCCGCAGCUGCCAAAAACGCCUCUUGGUCGCCACUGGACUCAUCACUCCAUAUUGCAUCCAUUCCUGGACCAGGCGCCAUGGGCAACAAUAAGAAAAAGAAUCGCGGCAAUGCAGGAUCAGGAUUGUCUCAUGCCGACUUCCCCUCUCUCGCGCGCCCACAGCCAUCACCUGCGCCCACGCCUAAACAACCCAAACUGCCGAAGCAAAAGAAGGAAGCUGAGAAGAAGCCAGACCCCUUGGCAGAACUCUUGCCCGAGCCCGAACCCGAGGCAGCCCAAGCCCAAGAGGAGAAUGACAGCGAAGAGGAACAACCUGAUGAUGACGACACCGACGCGUCCCAGGAUGACAACAAGCAAGAAGAAGACGAGUGGAAAACCGUCAGUUCAACACAAACCAGAUCCGGUGGCAUCGAUUUCAAUAAACCCAUGGAUCCAUGGGUUGCGCAACAGCAACGACAAAAACUUGAGCGAGUCGCAGUCGCAGAUCCGCACGGAGAGCAGACGGAGCGGUUUGCGCGAGUCUUGUCCAUCAAACCCACUGUGAAGGAGGAGCGCAUCCGCGAGGCCAUCCCUGACGGAUUCACGGCACAAAAGUCGCGAACUGUGGGCGGCUCAUCAGGAGGCGGUGGAUCUAGUCAAUAUCAAUCUACAGAGCUGACCAAAAAGCAGCGAGAGAAUAUGGCCAAGGCUGCGAAGAGGAAAGAGGAAAAGGCCGCGGCGGACGCUGCUCAGGAGCAAAGACGGCAGGAGCAUAUGCGGCAGGUGAAGGGGGAGAAGAUGAAGGAGUUUUACCGUGCGCAAACAAGGAAGCAAACACCUGUGGAGUCCCGAUGGGAUGUGCCGAAAGCGUCAGCGCCAUCUUCAUCAGCGCAGGCCAGCAGUAAGGAUCAGCUUAUUUGGGACUAAGCAGCAGAUCAGGGUGCAAAGCGUAGUACCAAAGCACAACUGGUCUCUCUCUUUUUUUUUGCAGAAGUAAAAGACACAUUUUUUUCUU